CGGUACCAGGCAGCUUUAAGCCCUACCUCACACGACCGCCGCAUACCUGGCCUCGCAACUCCUCUUCUAUUCUUCACAACCAGCUGCCGCUGGGAUUCGGACUUAGUGAAAAUGUUUGGCUUCAUUGCCGACGGGUUGACCGUCGCCAUCACCGUCCUCCUUCCGAUCUUCGCUUCCUACAAAGCCCUCCACACCUCCGAUCCAGCCCAACUCGCACCGUGGCUUAUCUACUUCAUUACCCUCCUUCUCUUCCAUACAAUUGAGAACACUUUCGACUUCAUCCUAGCAUGGGUUCCAUUCUAUUCUUGGAUCCGCUUCUUCGCGCAUCUCUACCUCAUCCUGCCGGGUUCCCAAGGCGCAACUUUCCUCUACCAGGAGUACAUCGAGCCGUUCCUGUACCACCACGAGCGCGAAAUCGAUGACUUCAUAACCCAGGCACACGACAAUUCAAAGAAGGCGGGGCUAGCAUACCUCCAGCAAGCCGUCGAAUGGGCUAAGGUCAAUGUGCUGGGCUUCGCGCCGCAGGAGCGCGCUCCCUCGCCCACCCCGGGUCAAAGCUACGCCCAAAACCUCAUGUCGAGGUUUAAUAUGCCUUCUGCGCGCGGAAGUGACAACCUGUACGGCUUGGUCAACCAAGCGCUCAGCGGCGCAAGCGCGCUCUACGCAGGAAACAGAGACGCCCAAGCUGCAGAGCUCAGCCGAAGCGCAAACAUCAUCCCGGAUAACAUCCGCAAUAACGACGACCGGCUCAACUACGUCUCCUCGCAGCGAGAGCGCCUGAUGACACUCCUCCAGGCGUUCGACCGCGAAGCCGAUAACGUGCGUGCUCAGCGGGAGGGCGGAAGCAGGUACUACGAGGGAACCGGCGGGCUGUCGAAGAGCAGGAGUGAGGCCGAGUUCGAUAGGAUUGAGGUUGACGAGGCGAGCUCUGGCUCUGGCUCAGAGCGACCGCCGUAUCCCAUCACUCCGCCAGCAUUUGAUCGGAGAACGAGCAGCGGGUGGAUGCCUUGGAAUUGGCAGCGCGGACCGCCGCCACCACCGCCACGGGAAGACGACCCGCUUGCCUAUGGCAGGGAGCCUGGUUCGCGACGUGAUCAGGGUCAUUCUACGGGCUACGACGCUGGUGACCGUUAGUUGGUGCAUGCUGUGGGAUCCGUUCUCGUUAUUCUCAAAUUACGGCGUUAAUAAUACUACGUUGGAUCGGGAGCUAGAUAAAAUGCUCCAAACGUGUUCUAACCAUCUUGGCUUGGCUGAGAAAAGGGCACAAUGGAUAUCAGGUAUUGCAACGAUUUGGACCUUGGACAACUGUCUUCUCCAUGUAAGUCGAGACACUGAUGUGAUCUUACAUUAUAUAUAUAGAUGUGCAUCCACAUCCAUGU